CGAAUUCAGGCUUUGAAUGAACCUUCCCUUUCUAAAUGCAAGGGAACUGGGGCGUUCAGAAACAGAAGUGUAAAUCAGUCCUCAUUUGCAGCUUGAUACAAGGGAACGAAAAUAUAUGAGCCUGGUCCCAAGCAGACACACAGCGUUGUUAGGGUUCAUUUACACGGGGAGGUGGGUGCUAACAGAGCAGGGCUGCGAGUGAGUUGUGCUCAGCAGCUCACAUCCAUUCUGCAGGCAGUGCCCUCCAUCGGUUUCACUCAAGUCAUCAUCAAAGCACGAUGCGAGGCCACUGCUGGAUCAACAGCGUGUGGGAUUUGUUACUUGUCUAAGCUUUGCUGUCUGGAUGCUCACAUUGCUGCUCGCAGUACCUGAAAAGGCUUUGGGAGCCAUUGCACGGGUCUGAAGGGGGAACCUCUCUUGUGUGUGUUUCCCCUCAGCUACGGUGACAUGGUGCCCAAGACCAUUGCUGGGAAGAUCUUCGGCUCCAUCUGCUCGCUGAGCGGGGUGCUGGUCAUCGCUCUGCCCGUUCCCGUCAUCGUCUCCAAUUUCAGCCGCAUCUACCACCAGAACCAGCGUGCCGACAAGCGCCGGGCACAGAAGAAAGCUCGGCUCGCGAGGAUCCGCGUGGCCAAGACAGGCAGCUCCAACGCCUACCUGCACAGCAAACGCAACGGCCUGCUGAACGAAGCCCUCGAGCUGACGGUGAGUGCAGAACCCCAUCCCUGCUCCUCCAGGCUUCCUUCUCUCCCCAUUGCCACCCAAAUCACAGAAUGGUAA